AUGGACCUCAAAGGGUCACAUGGUGUCAAGAAGAAACACUUUUGGGCAGACCUGCAAUUACAGAAUAUCUCUGCAAGGAGGAAAACUUAUUCCUUCCAGUCAAGAAUUUUUACAAAACUGAAUGAGUGCCUCAGCUCCUCACACAGAAAGCACUAUGAUGACUCGUUCGAAAGAAAGUGCUUCUAUGACAAAAUUUCUGGUACUGAUUCUGGAAAUGAAGGUAGUGCCAAAACAUCUGGUAGCAAUUCCAGCACACCUGUCAUGUCCAGUAACUGCAGUAUCCGAACCCGGGCAUCCACUGGUGUCAUAUCAGGAUCAAUCAGUAAGACUGAUAUAAAGUCUGAGGGCUGCCCAAGUCCAUCCAGUGAUACCUGUUCUUCAAGAUCAGGCACACCACAAUCCUUUAAAAGAACAAGAGGGAAAAUAGAUGACUUAUAUAUUGUGCAGAUCCCACCAAAAAAACAGAAAAUUGGCCGAAAUGAUGGAACAGGAGUAAAUAAUAAAAAUGACUAUUUUUGUUGGAUCUGCCACCGUGAUGGUGUGAUGAUUUUCUGUGAACUGUGUCCUCGGGUUUAUCAUAUAAAGUGUCUUGGCCUAGAAGAAUCCCCAUCAGAAUGGGUGUGUCCUGAAUGUGAGCGUAUCAUGCGUGCUGAAUGUGUGGACACAAGAUCUAAAUCAAUGUCAAUGAUAACUCAAGAACAGUUUUGUGCACUUCUGAAACAUGCUCUAACCAGAAUGAAACAUCAGACAAGUUCCCCUUUCCGUCAACCUGUAGAUUUAUGUGCUGUCCCCAACUAUCAUGAUUUCAUUUAUCAUCCUAUGGAUUUAACUACAAUUGAAAAGAAUAUUAAGAAUGACAAAUAUGGCUCCACUGAAGCUUUCCUGGCUGAUGUAAAGUGGAUCCUGCACAACUGUAUCAUAUUCAAUGGAACUCAUCACAAACUGACUGGCAGUGCAAAGAUGAUUUUAAAAAUCUGCAAACAUGAGAUGACAGAAAUUGAAAUAUGCCCUGAUUGCUAUGCAAGAUCAUGUGAACAAACUACAGAAGAAUGGUUCUGUGAACCAUGUAAUAAUCCUCACCGCAUUGUUUGGGCCAAGUUAAAAGGCUAUCCAUUUUGGCCAGCCAAAGCAUUACGAGAAAAAAAUGGAAUGGUUGAUGUACGAUUUUUUGGAGCUCAUGACAGAUCAUGGGUGCCUAUCUCCCAAGUAUAUGCAUAUUCCAAAGAAUGCCCAACAGUGAUGCGAUCAAAAAGAAGUGGUUUUGAUUAUUCAAUGUCAGAAUUGAAAAGAUACAUUGAAAAAUACAAAGAAAAGUUUGGUUCCUUUGAGUAUGCUCCAUUCCGAACAUUCCAGAAUUUUCACAGAAUGGUUAAAAACAGUUCCCUCUCAAUCAGUGCCUCUGGAAAUGCUCACUCAAAAGAUGGAGAAAUUUCAGCUCACCAGAAAACAGUUGAAAUCAUUUCCCCUGUGUUGACAACAAAAAAGGGUAAAGCCAACUCUAGUACUAAUGGACACUUGUUUGAAGGGGAGAAUAAAAUGUCAAUUGUCCAAUCACCACAGAAAAGAAAUACACUCAAAUCUGUUUCUGAUUCAAAUUCUUUGUCUGCAUUCCGGCCACCACCCAAAAAUCAGAACACCAUAACAGAUAUCCAGAGAACUCUUUCAGAUCCACAAAUGACAGUGAUGGAACCAAAUUCUUCAAGUUGUGAAAUUGCUAAAAGUUCAAACCGUAAAAUCUUGAUGCCCAAAAUUGGGUCUCUGUCUGCAAUCAACAGGAGGAGCCUUGAAGACUGUAGCACUGAUUCUGAAAAUAGCAAGAGUAACCUUAGCCUCCCAACAGCCACAACAGAAGCAACUCUUUUGCUUGGAUUAUUGAAGAACAAGAUUAAUAGCAAUGUAAAUAGUGCAAGUACGAGCAGUUGUAGCACUACCAGUGGUCCCAUGAGUGGUGGAAGCUCAAACCCUGCUCGAAAUGAUAUCAGUCGACCUGUUGAAAUAAAUCAGCUUGUGGAGAAGUAUACAAAACAAUUGUCAAAGAACAUCCAAGAAUCUUUUGAAGAGAUGUAUGCAGACAUGUUGACAAAACACAGCCAUCAGGUUAUUAUGAAACAUUAUCAUCAAGAACUGGAGAAAUUACGGUGGAUCCAUGAACAGGAAAUAGCUGAAAUUAAACACAAUACAAAUUUGAUAGUUGCAGAAAUUCGAGCAAGUUGGGAAAAUGAAAAGGAACGUUAUGGAAACAGCAUUCGAGAACAAUGUGAAAUAGAGAAGAUAAAAUCUGUAGAAGAAACGAAAAAGAAACAAUGGUGUGCUAACUGUGGCAAAGAAGCUCUUUUGUACUGCUGCUGGAAUACAAGCUACUGUGACUAUCAGUGUCAAGCCAACCACUGGCCACAACAUAUGACUAGUUGUACACAACAACUACCGCAAUCUACCCAGGUGACUCAAUUGACAGUACCAACUCCUGUAAUGACCACAGCAACAAGUAACCCUAGUGGAACCUUAGUAAAUCCAGCUCCCCAGGGUGUGGUAGCCCUAUCAGAAGUACUCACCAAGACAAAUAAUUCAAAUACAACUACUCCUGUAGUAAUUCCUAACUUGAGACAACAACAACAGCAACAACAGCCACCACUACCACCACCACAACAACAGCCACCACCACCACCACCACCACCAGUGAGCACAAAUGCACAACUUCCAGAAAUCAAGUCUGUGGAAACUCUUAAUACAACAGCUACCCCCAAGUUCAGCACUAGGGCAUCAGGAAUGCUACAACAGAUUGUUAAGAAGGAGGAGAUACGCCCUAAAAUGAUGAACCUUCAACCAGUAUCUACCACAGUUUCAGGGCCAACUCAGAUACAAUUUGUACCUACUUCUCUUGCACAGUCAACUGGGGGUUCCAUCCAAGUGUUACCAGCUCCAAGCACACAAUUACUCUCCAGAAACCCUAUACCUUCCCCCAGUCACCAUCUACAGCUCCAGUACGUCCAGUCUGCACAACACUUCCAAACAUAUGCGGCAGCCUCGGGACAAACACCAGUACGGAUGCAGACUGUGCAGCUGCAGAGUGCCAGCCUCCCCUCCACGUUACAGGGCCAGUCCUCCUUUCCAAGCAUUAUAGCCAACCCACAACCUGUAGUUGCCACUGCAGCUAUUUCCUCCACUACUAACACCAAGAUGAACACCAUCACUGUCCCCACUGUCACAUCCAGUGCACCAAAAAACAUAAAGCCAAAUGCCACUACCAAGAAUAUUCUGAUCCCUCCAGGAUCAUUUAUUCUAACCAAAGCUCCACAGGGGCAGCUGCAGUUAAAUGCCAAACAGAUGUAA